AAAAAACACUAAUUGAUCUCCUCGUUAGGCAAAUCUAAGCGCAAAUGGACACCCCUCAUCGGUCAACUCGAAGAAACCGUACUGAUACUAGUCCACCACGUCCAUGAAGAAGAUGGGCUCAUCCUUGUGCUCUUGAGCUCUCAGUUUCGCUUCGCCGUUCUGCUCUGUGGGUCUGAGGGAAGCUUGCGCUCCUGGUUGAUGUGAUACCCAACAAGGAUGAAAUCGGCGAGAAUCAUUGAGGUCUGUAGAAUGGGCAUUGUCAACUACUUGGACGCACUCAAGCUCCAAGAAAGACUAAUUGCUGCUAGAAAGAGUCAUAAAAUUCCAGACACAUUAUUGUCUUUGCAACAUCCGCCCACUUAUACCCUUGGGAAAAGAAGGACGGAUCAUAAUUUGCUAGUCACUGAGUCAGACCUUGGAAAAAUGGGAGCUGAACUUUACUACACUCAAAGAGGCGGAGACAUUACAUUUCAUGGUCCGCAUCAAGCCAUCUUGUACCCCAUCAUUUCUCUCCGUGAUAUUGGUCUUGGUGCUCGAAAAUAUGUGGAAAAACUUGAGUUGACUAUGAUUGAAUUAGCAUCUCUAUAUGGUGCGACGGCUUGCCGAGGACAAUCAGGUGAGACUGGGGUUUGGGUUGGUGAUAGAAAGAUUGGUGCCAUUGGGGUUCGUAUAUCGAAUGGAAUCACCUCUCAUGGGCUGGCGUUCAACAUUAAUCCUGAUUUGAACUACUUUAAGCAUAUUGUCCCUUGUGGAAUUGAGGAUAAAGAAGUCACGUCGUUGAAGAGGGAGACUGACAUGGUGCUUCCCACGGAAGAAGUGAUUGAAGAUCAGUUAAUUUCUUGUUUUGUGACACAAUUUGGCUAUACUAGCAUUAUUUCAAAGGACAAAGAGUCUUUAUUAUGUGGUGAUGAUGGGGAUACUAGAUGAAGGGUCAUAAAAGCACCAUCAAAAGUUUUAAGGCCUUUGAUUCAUGUAAACUAACAACCUCAUACCAACAAGACAAAAUGUCCUUUGAUUUAUUCCCAAGAAAAAUGAGUCUAUGAUUCUUCUGAUUCGUUAUGAAAUAGGUGCUGUUGCUGGUGGA